GGAUGAGCUACAUGAAUUAGUGUGAAUUGCAAAUACACGUAACUUGACACGAGACAUCUUAAAAAAAAAAAAGAAAAAAAAAAAAAACUGUCAGGGAGUGGGCAACUAGGUAAAUUAGCAACUGACAGGUAUUUGAAAGGGCCACACUUGGAGCCUUCGGUCUCUGCAGGGAAUGGUUCUCUCCCUCUCUCACUCUCUCUCAACAGAUCACAUGCCCAUGAAGACUGCUCCAGACCCACCUACAUACUCAUCCAACAUGGAAUGCAAGUACGGAAAAAAGCCCAGAGGAAUUAUCUUCUUGCCAUGAUUCUCCGUUGGGUAUUUGCACCCUAAUCCUCCUGUUGCAGAUCCUCCUGUUGGGUGUGUUCCAUUCUUCUUGUUUCCUUUAAAUGUUGACUAAAAUUCGAAAAUUGGGAAAAAUUGUGGAAAACCCUGAGUAAAUAUGUAUUUUUUUUCUUUGGCUUUAUUUGCAAAAGGGAAUUAUGGUCUAAUUUGCAUUACAAGGAAACCUAAAGAUAUUGUUUUUUAAAGUGUAAUAAUAGCUGGGAUAUGGUGGGUUUUGGAAAGGAAUGUGAGGCUCGUCUCAAUUUUUCUAUCCAAAUUAUGAACAUAUUUUUGCAAGUGAACAAAAAUAAAACUAUCGUUGAAAAAAUGUUUCCAGCGUACGACUAUAAACCCACCUAAACAUUAUUGAUUUGGGUUUUAUUUAAAAAAAAAAAAAAAAACAGUUUAGUUUCUGGGCUGUCUACCUCUUGAAUUGGGAAAUAGUUCCUGGAUUAGAGUGUCGACUGCAUUGGGAAGACAAAUUUUAGAACGGUGGAAGAGUGCAAAAUCCCAUUUUAUAGAUGAUGAUUGAGUCUGAAGUUAAAUUGAUUAAGAAGGAAGAUGAUUUGAUUGAGGUCUAGGAAGUAUAAAGACACCCAAUUGAGUGAUUUGAGGAUAGAGGGCAAAAAUGGCUGCAAAAUAUUUAUAUCCAUGGGCAGAUGACAAACCUCAUUUGAAAAAGCAAAUAGGAUGCUUGACUGGUAUCUUCCAGCUCUUGGAUCGUCAACACCUCCUCACCGGAAGGCACACCAGUGGCCAAAGCCCCAAGAGGCUCCCUUCUGGUUGUUCCCACUUCAACAAUGGCACUUUUGAGGAAGAGAACAUAUGCCAUUGGUCAGCAGUAGAGGAAAAGAGUUCAACAAAAACUGUAAAAGAGAAACAUAGAGUUUCCAUGGAAUCAUCCCAAGCAUCUUUCUCAUCUUACUCUCGAUCAUCAUUCUUCUCUUCUCCUGACUCUAAUGGGACAGCUCAACCACCACCCCUGUUCUUCGACCAAUCAAAUUCCUCGUCACAGUUUGGGAGACAAUCCCGUGAUCUUCCGAAUAAAGUUAAGGGCUCCAUGUACAGAAAAGAUUGGAGGCUACCUGUUAGAACUUCAACCAAAGAGGAAACAGCAGAAAGUGCAGUUCUGAAGCAUGAAAAUUCUCUGAGGCCUCUACAGUUGUCCAAAUCCGUUAAUGGAUCUUUCAGUGUUGAAUUUCAAGAAGCAAGUUCAAGAACAUCUUGCAGAUCGAAAGAUGGGUCUUUGUUUUCAGUUCAAAGAGAUGCUCAUAGGUUAUCUUACGACGGAAGCGACUUAAGCCGUUUAUCGUUUGAAUCACGAGAUUCAUUCAAAUCGACUCCAAAGCUUAAAGAACAUCCAAGACUUUCAUUGGACAGUAGAGUGGGUUCAGUGUCAAGUCCAAAAUAUGAUUCUAAAUCAGAAUUUGUCAUCAAAAAGUCGCUGAGGGAUGGUGAAACACGACCUCCUAAUGUUGUAGCAAAGCUGAUGGGAUUGGAGACACUGCCAGAUUCUGCCUUGGCAAGUGAUUCUCAUUUGGAGUUUCUCAAAACUUGCCAAGUUGAGCAUUGUGAUCCCUUUCCAAGGUCAUUAAAACCAACUGAUCCAUGUCUGUCAAUUCGGACAUCAACUUCUUUAAGGAACUCGUGGAAGGAAUUGGGUUCACGGAAUAAUCCCGAAUCAGUCAAGAAACUUAUUUCAAGGUUACCAAUUGAACCAGCACCGUGGAAGCUGCUAGGUGGGAGUUCUCAGAAGCUGGAUGUCAAGCAUCUAAAAAAAUUGGGAAGAGCAACUCCCUCCUUCCCUUCUGCUUACAUUGAGUUUGAGAAAAGAUUGAAGGAUCUUGAAUUAUCUCAAUCUGGAAAGGAUCUUAGAGCUCUUAAACAGCUAAUCGAUGCAAUGCGAGCAAAGGGGCUCCUAGAUAACAGAAGAGAGGAACAAGAUCUGAAUUUUGCUAAUCAGCAAGACUAUGAGCCACAAUAUAGGAGUCCACAUCUCAGUGCUGGAUCGGUAAACAAACAAAAGCUGCAUAGCGACUGUGUACAUAGUUUCACAAAUAAAGGAGGCAAUUCUUUGAGGACUUUUGAGUCCAAAAUUGUGAUCAUGAAACCAGCAAAACUUGUUGAAAAAUCUGAUAUUCUCGCUUCUUCAGUAACCCCAGUGGAUUGCUUGUCAAGUCUCCCUAAACUUCAAGGUGAAUAUGGAGAUAGCAGAAAGAGUACACUCAAUGAUCGAUCAUCCAAAAAGAAGAUUCAGAAAAAUGGAAAUGCUGUCCGUUCCAGCUAUAAUAACAAAACAAAAUUCACCUCAACGUCAUCUCCACAGUUACCGAAGGAGAACACUAUAGGCUUGGUGAAGAGCUCAGGAUCGGUGAGCCCAAGAUUGCAACAGAAGAAGCUUGAGUUGGACAACCGAUGUCGGCCACCCAUCUCUCCUGAUUCCAGCAAAUCAAGAAGGCAACCUAACAACCAGCUACCGGAGUUAGGUUCCCCGGGUGGGAAACGAAGACCAAAAUCUGCAAAUUUACCGCGAAUAGACGACCAAUCCAGUGAUAUCAGUACUGCAACUAGGAAUUUAAGUUACCAACAGGAUGACUGUUAUAUGCGGUCAGAGGGAAACGUCGUCAUGGAUUCAGUGAUAGAUACAGAUGUCCCAAAUCUGGAUCGCUGUGCUGAGAGCAAUGGAAGCCAGAGUCCAUCCAUGAAGAAUGCAAAAUACUUGGCUUCUCGCUUAGUUAAAAAGAAAUUAGGUCCUACGUUGAGCGAGGAUGGAUGUUUGGCAGAAUUUGCAUCAGUUGCCUUGGUGCAUCCUAGUCCAGUUUCUGUUCUUGAAUACCCAAUGUACAAGGAUGAUGCUCUAUCUCCUGUGAAACAGAUGCCAGAUGUACUCAAAGGUGAUGGAACUAUGAAUUCUAACAGCAAUUCCAGUAGAAAGCAACCAGACUCAGCAGAGAACCUUGUGACUUAUCAUACUGGUUAUAGUCAUAACUCACAGAUCACCCACAAGAAAUUAGAAAGCAUCGAGCACUUGGUGAAGAAGCUAAGACAACUGAACUCAACCCACGAUGAAACCCAAACAGAUUACAUUGCGUCUCUCUGUGAGACCUCAAACCCAGACCACCGAUACAUAUCUGAGAUUUUAGUAGCCUCAGGUUUCCUCCUGAGGGACCUCAACUCCACCUUGACAAACUUUCAGCUCCACCCGCCUGGCCUCCCAAUCAACCCACAGUUUUUCUUGGUUUUGGAACAGAUCAAGUCAAGCACUCUACAUGGGCAAGAGUGUAGCAUUAAAAAGCUUGAAAAAGACAAGUUUCACCGGAAGCUCAUAUUUGAUGCUGUUAAUGAGAUUUUAGUUGGGAAGUUGACUUCGGUGGGGCAUUCCCAUGAACCAUGGUUGAGGCCUGAGAAACAGGCUAGGAAGUAUCUGAAUGCACAAAAGCUCUUAAGAGAUCUGUGUUCGGAAAUGGAACAGCUUCAAGCCAAGAAAUCCGGUUGUGGGUUUGAAGAAAAUGAGGAGGAUAGUUUGAAAAGCAUCUUGUGUGAAGAUUUGGUGCAUCCUGCCGAGAUUUGGACAAAUUUUUGCGGUGAGAUUUCUGGAACGGUUUUGGAUGUUGAGCGACUGAUCUUUAAAGCUUUAGUUGACGAGAUUGUUCAUGGUGAGGCAGUUGGUUUGCGAAUCAAGCUGGGAAGGUGCUGCAGGCAGCUUUCUGCGUAAUUUAUUUCCGUCUAUUCUCUCUUUUAUUUUCACUUUCUUUUUGUCUUUCCUUUCCUAUUUGUUACUAAUUUGUAUAUUCUUGUUAUUUUCGCAUCAUUCCUCCAUAUAUAAGCACCCAUGAUUUUUGUUUGAUGAGAAUUUCGUGGCUGAAUUGUAAAGAAAACCCCUUGGUGGGUGUGUUUGGAUACGUAAUAUUUAUAAGAAUCCAAUAAUGAGAGGCUUCUUUC